GGCCGGGCGCGGCGGGGCGGCGCCCCCGCGGGCCCACCCGGCGCGGCGGGAGGGGCCGGGCGGCGGCAUGGGCACGCUUGCUCUGACGGUGGAUUGAAGCGCACCGGUGCUGGUGCUGCAGCCAGCACGACGGAGAGCAGGCAGGCGAGGCACCCCGUGGCGGGCAGCCGGCACCGCGCUCCAGCCUCCAGGGAUGGCCGAUAAGUGCAGCGAGGGGCUGCUGAACGGCACCGUGCCCGGGGAGCGGGGCAAGCAGGACAAGAGCGUCAAGCGCGGCAACUGGGGCAACCAGAUCGAGUUCGUGCUGACCAGCGUGGGCUAUGCCGUGGGGCUGGGCAACGUCUGGCGCUUCCCGUACCUCUGCUACCGCAAUGGGGGAGGUGCCUUCAUGUUCCCCUACUUCAUCAUGCUGGUGUUUUGCGGCAUCCCCCUCUUCUUCAUGGAGCUCUCCUUUGGGCAGUUCGCCAGCCAGGGCUGCCUCGGCGUCUGGAGGGUCAGCCCCAUGUUCAAAGGCGUGGGCUACGGGAUGAUGGUGGUGUCCACGUACAUCGGGAUCUACUACAACGUGGUGAUCUGUAUUGCCUUCUACUACUUCUUUGUGUCCAUGACGCGCGUGCUGCCCUGGACAUACUGCAGCAAUACCUGGAACACGCCCGACUGUGUGGGGGUGCUGGACGGGAACCUCUCCAGCCGCGCUGCCCUCAACAUCACCCGCCUCCUCAACACCACCCAGAAGCGCACCAGCCCCAGCGAGGAGUACUGGAGGAGGUACGUGCUGGACCUGUCGGAUGACAUCGGGAACCUGGGCGAGGUGCGGUUGCCCCUCCUGGGGUGCCUCGGCGUCUCCUGGGUCGUCGUCUUCCUCUGCCUCAUCAAGGGUGUCAAGUCCUCGGGGAAGGUGGUGUACUUCACGGCCACCUUCCCCUACGUGGUGCUCACCAUCCUCUUCGUGCGCGGCAUCACGCUGGAGGGGGCCCUCACCGGCAUCAUGUACUACCUGACGCCCCAGUGGGACAAGAUCCUCGAUGCCAAGGUGUGGGGUGAUGCGGCCUCGCAGAUCUUCUACUCGCUGGGCUGCGCCUGGGGCGGGCUCAUCACCAUGGCCUCCUACAACAAGUUCCACAACAACUGCUACCGGGACAGCAUCAUCAUCAGCAUCACCAACUGCGCCACCAGUGUCUACGCCGGCUUCGUCAUCUUCUCCAUCCUGGGCUUCAUGGCCAACCACUUGGGCGUGGAUGUCUCCAAGGUGGCCGACCACGGCCCCGGCCUCGCCUUUGUCGCCUACCCCGAGGCCCUCACCCUGCUCCCCAUCUCGCCCCUCUGGUCCAUCCUCUUCUUCUUCAUGCUCAUCCUGCUGGGGCUGGGCACACAGUUCUGCCUGCUGGAGACGCUGGUCACGGCCAUCGUGGACGAAGUGGGCAACGAGUGGAUCAUCCGCAGGAAGACCUUCGUGACGCUGGGGGUGGCCGUGGCGGGCUUCCUGCUGGGCGUCCCGCUCACCACGCAGGCGGGCAUCUACUGGCUCCUGCUGAUGGACAACUACGCUGCCAGCUUCUCCCUGGUCGUCAUCUCCUGCAUCAUGUGCGUGGCCAUCAUGUACAUCUACGGGCACCACAACUACUUCAAGGACAUUGAGAUGAUGCUGGGCUUCCCGCCUCCACUCUUCUUCCAGAUCUGCUGGCGCUUCAUCUCGCCCGCCAUCAUCUUUUUCAUCCUGGUCUUCACAGUGAUCCAGUACCGGCCCAUCUCCUACAACGACUACGUCUACCCCACCUGGGCCAUCAGCAUCGGCUUCCUCAUGGCGCUCUCCUCCGUCAUCUGCAUCCCCAUCUACGCCAUCUACAAAGUGUGCUGCUCUGAGGGGGACACACUGCUGGAGCGCUUGAAAAAUGCUACCAAGGCAAGCAAGGACUGGGGCCCGGCGCUGGCAGAGCACCGCAGCGGGCGGUACGCCCCGGUGUUCAGCCCCUCCACCGAGUCCCACCUAGAGGUGCAGCCCCUGCAGCCGGAGAAGGGCCGGAGCGAGGCGGCAGCUGCCUCCCCUGUGCAGGGCAGCAACGGCUCAGCCCACAGCCAGGACUCCAGACUGUGACCCCCCUGCCGUCCCCGCACCCCCUCUAACCCCUCCCGCGCGGUGACACUUCUGCACCUUCCGCUGGCGGAGCCUGGCUCCGGGCCGCACCGGACCGCGGGGGGCUCUCAGCGCCUGUCCCCGAGACCCCCCCACCUCCUCGCCGGUUAACCCCCUCACCCCCCCCCCGUGGCGUUCGUUAACCCUCGUGUUUACGGUAACCUUUGUGCGCGACGCUGGGACAAGAGAGGAGGGGGCACAGCCCCGGGAGGGCUGGGAACCAGAGGCACUUUGCAGGGGCCUUGCCCCGGGGGGAUGCACAGGAUGGGGGGAGCGGGAUGGCCCCUGGCUCCUGGCCCCCCCCCACCCCCCGCAGCCAGGCAGCCUGCCCCGCCGUGGGGCACCCUCCUGGCCUACCUGUGGGGAGGGCGUGGGGUGGGACCAGGGCUGGGGCACGGCGGGACUGCCCGCAGCCCCACCCCAAGCUGUCUGUGCACAGGGCUGUCAUGGCAGGGGUUGGCAUUGCAGGGACCCCCAGCCUGGGUGGGCACCCGCUGUGGCUCAGAGCCUGCAGGGUCCCAUGGGUGGCCGUGCCCAGGGACGGUGCCAGGCACCGGGCCAGCACAAGGAGACGGGGGCAAGCAUGCUGCCUGCAUGGGCAGCGGGAUCUCACGGCACAAGACACAAGCACUUAGAGCACACGUGUGCACAUGUGUGUCCCUCACAGACACGGUAUGGGCACGCAUGUGGCGUACGUGGGCAUGCACAUACAGACGGUACCCCGGGGCUGUGCAGGCGGCGAGCUGGUAUGCCCCCCGUCACACACCCCUGCACCCUGUGGUCCCAUUGGGGGGGGCUGUGGGUGCUCGCCUCGGUGGCCAGGCACUGCCCACAAAGCUGGGCGCAGCCGUAAGCAGCAUGGGCACAGCCCAGCACUGCUGCCUGCCCCACGGUGGGGCAGGAGGCUGGGGAGCACUUAAGCCUGGCCGGGGGAUGAUGGGGCAGGGCCGGGGUCCAGCUCUCCCCAGCAGCCCCAGCACAGGUGGGGAGGGACCUUCCAUGGUGCUAAGGGGGAGCAGGAUGGACCGGCCCCCCCAGCUGCUGCUAGCGAGAGGUACCAGCGGAGACGCAGAGGGCUGCACCAGCCCACUCACUCCGAGCCAUCUGGGGACGCUCAGUCCCCAACCAGUAUUAGUGGAGCAGGAUGCACUGGCAAAGGCCGGGUGGUUUUAAAUGUGUCUUCCAGCUCCAGCUAAAGGGCUUGGAGCUCUCAAUUUGGGGUGGAUGGGGUGAGACCCUUCCCACCCCGCUGCUCCCCUCCCAGCCAGCACCCUGCGCUCCCCAUGCCGCAGCCCCAAGGCUGGCACAGGGACAUGGCACGGCUUGGCAUGGUGGUGGCAGGCGGUGGGCGCUGAGCCCUGGCAGGUUGUUCCAGCUCCCCCGUCCCGAGCCCCCCGCCGUGCCACGGUGAGGGGCGCAGGUUCCCGCAUGGUGCCCGUGCCCUGCCCCACGUGUCACGCCGCUACUCUUCACCUCUAAUUGUUAGCAAUAACGCGCGCGUCCCUGGGCAGCGUUGCCUGUGCCAGUGUCUCUCCUGGUGUAGAGUUCUAAAGUAUUCUAGAUUUUAAUGAGAUUUAUAUUCCUGA